GCCAUACGGACUUUUGUUUACAUGAAAUUUUAAGUAAUGAGUUCGGAUGAUGAAAACGAGAAAUACAUUCAACAAAAACUAUAUCGCAGUAGGGGAAAAUGCGCCAUCUACGCGCGUCAAUCGGAUGUUUACUUGGAGUUGAAGCAUAAGCCUCCUAUCUGUGCUAGGCCUCCAGUUGCAAGCGGGGUGGAGAUAGAUAGCACACUAAAUAGCCCAGAUAUUGGACAUGAUGUUUGGUAUUUGAUAUCCAUGCACAUAGAUCCAGAGGAUGUGCAGACAUUUGCGCUCAUAUGUAAAGGCACCUCAAAACUGGUAAAUACGCGUGCGUUCUGGCGUAAUCUCUACAGACGGCACUGCUUGCAAGCAGACAAACAAAGCUGCAACUCGGAGCUACCUGCACAUUUGCAAUUAAAGCUAUCGGACAACUGUGAUACGAAGGCCUGGCGAGCGCUUGCUGUGGCGGCACUCUAUUAUUGCUAUAAACCGCUAAAGACAAGACUUGAGCUGGGCUACAGCAUGGACUGGCUACUGCAGCGCACCUUUGUUGCCUGCUCCCAGCGGCAUAUGCAGUAUGUGUGGCUUACGAGCUAUACAUUUCGGAAUAAUAAGCCUGGCUUAUUAGUGGAUGAAGAGCAGGACGAGCAAGUUGUAAAUAGUUGGGAGACACUAGCGGAUCACACAGACGCAGCACUAAAAUUAACUCCCCAGCAGAGCGCUAGUCCGUAUGAAGGCGUCAUCCUGUUGCUUAUCAUUAGUCGUCAGUUUACCCCACUGCCUCUACAGCUGGCGUAUGGCCAGCAACAGUCCCAUUUUCGCCUGAAGGCCACACGUGAGUUGCUGUGCACGGAUAUGCGCGCCAAGAACUUGGAGCUGGAUUUCAGCGAGCUUAAUCAAAGCUAUAACAACUUGAGUCUGACUGUAAAAUAUGCACGCAUAGAGACAUUUAAAGUGUUGCCCUGGUGGCAUCCCGAUUUUAAGAGGUUCCUUAAGUGAAUAAAAAAAUUUAUUAAUUAUUUACAGUGCUUAAGUUGUAUUUGAUAUGUUUGGUGUUGUAAUUGGAAUGCAUUCGGUGUUCUGUUAAGCAUUAUUUACUGUAGGCUUACACUAUUAAGAGCUGUUAUAUCGUAUGUCUACUGUAAAUUGUUAUCUUUGCUUUGUUCAAGUUGCUUGUAGGCCAACGAGUAGCCAAGAUGUUAUCUAUGUUCGUUGUAGUAUAACAAAUGU